AUGUUUGGCCCAUUUCUAAUCACAUUCAUUCUCAAAUAUAUCGGAAGAAAACUCGCAUUUACAAUCUUACAUUUAUUUACAGCAAUAAUAUACAUAAUUUGUCUAUUCAUGACCAAGAAAAGAUUUUGGAUUGCAAUAUUAAGUAGAGCGCUUGUUGGCCUUGAGGUUGGAGGUUUCACAUCAUUAUGCCCAACUAUUUUAAUAGAAAUAGCACCGUCUAAAUAUAGUGGAUUCUUUGGCAAUCUUCAUCAGAUUGGUGUUGUUUUAGGAAUUACAAUAAUGUACAUUCAGGGUGAAUAUGCUCAUUGGAAAACGUUAUUCUAUACAGGAAUUGCAACAUCAAUAUUAGGUGCUUGUUUAAUUUGGCUAUGCCCAGAAACUUCUCCGUUGGAACAAAAAUCAGAUAACGAAGAAAAUCAAAAUGAGUCAUUGUUCAAAGAUAUACAUACAUCAAAACUUGUUGUUGGAUUAACAUUGAUGGUUAUUCAACAAUUUUGUGGAGUUAACGCAAUACUAUCGAAUCUUGAACAAAAUUUCAGAGACGCUGGCCUCACACUUAGAUCGGGAAUUGCCAGUUCUAUAAGUAUGUUAGCUCAAUUAGUUGGUGUUUUGAUUUGCGGACCUAUCGUAGACUCUAUCGGAAGAAAAUCUCUUUUUUCGAUUUCUUCUUUAGGUUGUUCAAUCAUGCUAUUUCUGUUCUCUCUGAAUCUCAAAUAUAACAUUACGAACUAUGUUGUUCUCAUAAUAAUUUGUUUUUAUCUAUUCUUUUUUGGACUAGCACUUGGACCAAUACCAUGGUUUAUAGUUCCAGAAUAUUUUUCUGGUUCAAUACGAUCAAUGUCUGCAACAAUGGUCACUUUUGUAAAUCAAUUAUGUUCGUUUUUAGUUAUUUUCUUAUACCCAUGGAUGAAAAACGGUAUGGGACAAUCUGCAACAAUAAUUUUUUAUGGAAUUAUUAGUGCAAUUGGUGCAAUUUUUGGAUACUUUUAUAUUGAGGAACCGCGGAAGAUAAGUACGGAAAGUAUUGACUGGAAUGAAAACGAUCUUGAGGACAAUCUUGUUGAGGAUUGA